UCUCUCCAGCAACACCCUCAUCUUCCUCUGAUAUAUCAGUGGUGUCGGACCCAAAGCCUCUCUCUAUUCCUUCUCCUCCCUAUAACACGCACACUCUCUUUCUCUCUCCACUGCUACCGCUGCCGUUACUUCUUCGGUUGAACCGGACCGCCAUUGACAUUUCUCUGUGUGGAAUGGUUUAUCAUCGUAGGGGUUUUGGAUAAACUCAGAAAAAAUAAAAAAUCUCAAUUUUCUUCCAUUCCGUUUUGAAUAUUGGGCCCUUUUUGAUGAAUUGGGAGAAAGGAAAAUGCUGAGAUAGGAGAUAUCAGACAUCCCGUUAGCGUUAUUGCAAAGUGUAACUAACGAAGAGUGAUUGGGACUUGGCAAUGGCCAUGGCGGCGGCUUCAACUGCUUUCCUUUCCUGCAAUCAGAAGCUCUUCCUCUCCACCAACAUUGCUUCUUCCAAGACCAUCGCCGCUCUCUUCUCCCGCAACCGCCCCUUAUCUUCCAUCAUUAGAUGCGCACACUCUUCAUCUCAAACCAAAAUCCCUCUUCACCGCUCCAAUGUCAUCGAAAUUCUGGAGCAAAGGGGUUUGGUGGACUCCAUCACCAGCCCCAAUCUUCGCGCCUCUUCCUCCACACAAACUCUCAAAGUCUACUGCGGCUUCGACCCCACCGCCGAGAGCCUCCACCUGGGCAACCUCCUCGGCCUCAUUGUCCUCUCAUGGUUCCGCCGCUGCGGCCACAAGGCCGUCGCUCUCAUCGGCGGCGCCACUGCCAGGAUUGGCGACCCUUCCGGGAAGAGCCUGGAGAGGCCGGAGCUAAACCUCGAGGCUUUAGAGAAGAACACCAUCGGAAUCACCAAUACCAUUACUUCAAUUCUAAAUCGAAGCACCACCAAUGGUGGUGAUGAUUCGUUUGUGGUAUUGAAUAAUUAUGAUUGGUGGAAAGAGUUUACAUUGUUGGAUUUUCUGAAAAAGGUUGGGAGGUAUGCGAGAGUGGGCACAAUGAUGGCGAAGGAAAGCGUGAAGAAGCGGCUAGAGUCGGAGCAGGGAAUGAGUUACACUGAAUUCACGUAUCAGUUAUUGCAGGGAUAUGAUUUCUUGUAUUUGUUUGAGAAUGAGGGUGUAAGUGUUCAGUUUGGAGGGAGUGAUCAAUGGGGAAAUAUAAUUGCUGGGACCGAGCUCAUUCGGAAAAUUUUGCAAACAGAUGGUGCCUAUGGUCUCACAUUUCCUCUUCUAUUGAAGAGUGAUGGCACAAAGUUUGGGAAAUCAGAGGAUGGUGCCAUUUGGCUCUCACCAGCAAUGUUGUCACCUUACAAGUUCUAUCAGUAUUUUUUCAGUGUCCUGGAUGCGGAUGUGGUGAGGUUUUUGAAGAUCCUUACUUUCUUGGACAUGGAUGAGAUAAUGGAAUUGGAGGUGAAAAUGAGGAGUCCUGGUUAUGUGCCCAACACAGCUCAGCGGAGGCUUGCUGAGGAAGUUACUCGGUUUGUACAUGGGCAGGAGGGGUUAGAUGAGGCUCUCAAGGCCACUGAAGCAUUGAGGCCCGGAGCUGAGACCAAGUUGGAUUGGAAGACCAUUGAGGGGAUUGCGAAGGAUGUACCAUCUUGCAGUUUGUCUUAUGAUGAGGUUUUGAAUCUUUCACUUUUGGAUCUUUCAAUUUUGACGGGUUUGCUUGAGAGUAAGUCGGCUGCUCGCCGCCUUUUGAAGCAAGGGGGGUUGUACCUGAAUAAUAAUAGAAUUGAUAGUGAAGCAAAGAGGAUUGAGGCUGAAGACAUUGUGGAUGGGAAAGUUCUACUACUAUCAGCAGGGAAGAAGAACAAAGUUGUUGUAAGGAUUUCUUGAUUGUGAUAUCGGCUAGAUGAUUAUUUAUGAACAACAAUAUUAUAUCCACUUGUUUUAAUUGUUGGCAUGCAGUACGAUUUUUUUUUUUUUUUAAUGAUUUAAAAAUACUUUCACAGUAUAUGUAUGGGAUGCUUCCAUAAAGCAUCUCAAUUAGGAAUUUUGUACUAUUUGUAAAAUGCAUGCCACAAUGAAUUCAAUAGCUGAAGUAAUCUCAGCUAAAAUGAUUACUUUUUGGACUCCA